UUUUGUUGUGAUAUUUACAGAACUAGCAACAAGCACAUCAUUGGAUAGCAUUGGUUGUGGUUGUGUUUGAUCAUAUUCGGCUAUUUGCAGUUUGAAUGGAAUCAAUCGGCGUGCUAAUGACUUGCCCAAUGCACAGCUACAUCGAAGAAGAGCUGGAAAAGCGCUUCAACCUCUUCAAACUCUCAAACUAUUCCUCAUUCUCCGCUUUCGCCGAAGCACACGCCAAUUCGGUUCGCGCAGUGGUGGCGAACGCCAAAGUUGGAGCCGACGCGAACAGCAUCGAUUCGUUGCCCCAGUUGGAGAUUGUGUCCACUUACAGCGUUGGAUUUGACAAGAUUGACUUAAUAAAAUGCAGAGAGAAAGGGAUUCGAGUCACCAACACGCCCGAUGUGUUGACCGAUGACGUGGCAGACCUAGCCAUCGCCUUUGCUUUGGCUCUCCUCUGCAGAAUUUCUCACGACCAUCGCGCUCUCUGCAAUCGCCUCAACAAAACAACUGUUUUUCAAUUCACUACCAAGCUUAGUGGUAAAGCAGUUGGAAUUGUUGGGUUGGGAAGAAUUGGUUCGGCAAUAGCAAAGAGAGCUGUAGCUUUUGGGUGUGGAGUAAGUUACCACUCCAGAUCAGAAAAACCAGAGAUGGGAUAUAAGCACUACCCUCACAUUCUUGACUUGGCAGCCAACUCUGAAAUACUUGUCAUAGCAUGUGCCCUUACUCAAGAAACCCAUCACAUUGUGAAUCGUCAAGUUAUUGAUGCAUUAGGCCCAAAAGGAAUGGUAAUCAACAUUGGGCGAGGCCAUCUCAUUGAUGAAGCUGAACUUGUGUCCGCACUGGUUGAAGGACGACUAGCUGGGGCAGGCCUUGAUGUGUUUGAGAACGAGCCAGAGGUGCCCGAGCAGCUACUUGGCCUUGACAAUGUUGUGCUAACCCCUCAUGUGGGCAGCGACACUCAGGAAACUUGCAUGGCAAUGGCAGACCUUGUAAUUGCAAACUUAGAAGCACACUUCCUUGGCAAACCACUUUUGACUCCUGUGAUUUGAUUGUUAAAUUAAGUGCCGCUGGUUUCAUUUUGAUCAAUGUCUACAAGCCUGAGAGAAGCUGGGUAAACUUUUUUUUUUUUUUAUUAAAAUAAUAGUUGUUU